AUGUUAGUUUGCCAUCUAUGCGCUUACGUUCUGCUGACGAUGGACAGCGUUUACUCUUUGCGCUGCAAGAUGUGUUCUGGAAACGACGAUUUCGGCAAUAGCAUCACGACGGAUAAUUUUCAAAUCGUCACCAACCUCGACCAGCCAUACUGUGAGGAUAUGAAAGAGGUCGAAUGUUUCAGUUACCAAAACGCGUGCCUCAAGGUUGUGAUUCAUAUGCCGAGAAACGCUAAGUUCUGGCUAGGACUCGGCUGCACCGAGGCGAAGCAUAUCCGCAUGGGCUGCUAUCGACUCCAAACGAAGACCUACGAAAUGGACAUCAGCAAGGAGACAAGAUUUUAUGGCAAGCUCAAUCCCGGCGUUGCUUUGCAGGACAUCUGCCUCUGCAACACGGACUAUUGCAACAGCGGAAAGCCUGCAAUGCCGUAUCGUCACCUCAUCAAACUGUCUUUGCUAUGCUCAGUAAUUAUUUAUGCCAUGAAUCAUCUCUGA